UUCAGGAGUGGCGAUGCGAAAGCAGAGGUCCUACAAUUUCAUCUGUAACGGCGCAAAACAGUAGAUUAUCGUCUCGUUCUGUAGCACCUUCUCUUUGUGAACUGCAGAAGAGUGUAUUAUUAUCUGGAUUGACAGCGGAUGGGUUUUAAUAAAGCUUAUACGCGGUGCUGAAGUCUCGCUCGUGACGAUCCUUGAAAGUGCGUCAUUGAGAAGCGUGAUGGUCAGCGGCUGAUUGUUUCCUGAACGCUCUGCUAAUGUCUGCAUUGGUGUUUUAGCUGCAGUAUGGCAGAGGAGCGAGUAAAGGACUCUCUCUCAGAGAAACACAGUGUGAGAUCAGGAUCAUGUGUGUCUCUGAAGAGUGACUGGUCUAAAGAGUUUAAUCCACCAAAGUUCGGAGAGAAAACCCCAUCAUCUGCCAUCAGAGUGCGUGACGUCACGUACUACCGCCGGUGGCAAUGGACAACUGCGGUAGCAACUGACCACUGCGGUGAUGCGGUUGUCACAGUGACCAUCACAGCCCUUUCACGUAGGAGGAAGAGAGCAGAAGCAGAGCCCAGCUGUGUGUCUAUGAAGAGUGACACGUUUAUGAGUCCACCAAUACAUUUUAAGAGUGGUAACACACAACCUGCUGUCAGUGUGAAUAGAGAUGAUCAGACUGGAGACCUGCAGCAGGAUUCACUCCAACCAGAACAUGAUGAACUCCAGAGAGUCAAAGAGCAGCACAAAACCAGCAUGAAGAACAAGUAUGAGAGAUUAUUUGAGGGAAUCAACCAUCGAGAGACUCAAACCCUCCUGAACAGGAUCUACACACAGCUCUACAUCAUAGAAGGAGAGAGUGAAGGAGUGAAUGAAGAACAUGAGGUUUUACAGAUAGAGAAAACAGCCAGAACAAAACCCUCACAACACACUCCUGUCUACUGCAAUGACAUCUUUAAAGCCUCAGCUGGAGCAGGACAUGAGGAGAAGAUCAAGAAGGAGAAAGCCCAGAUCAAGACUGUUCUCACUAAAGGCAUCGCUGGAAUCGGAAAAACCGUCUCUGUGCAGAAGUUCAUUCUGGACUGGGCUGAGGGAAAAGACAAUCAGGAUGUAGAUUUCAUGUUUGUGCUUCCAUUUCGAGAGCUGAACUUGAUCAGAGAUCAUCAGUACAGUCUUCACAAACUUCUGCUGGACUUUCAUCCUGAACUUGAAGAUCUGGAGCCCAAGAUUUAUGAGCAGUGUAGAGUUGUGUUCAUCUUUGAUGGUCUGGAUGAAAGCAGAAUAACACUGAACUUUUCAGAUGAGGAGAAAGUUUGUGCUGUGACGGAAUCUUCAUCAGUGGCUGUGUUGAUAUCGAACCUCAUGAAAGGAGAUCUGCUUCCCUCUGCUCUCAUCUGGAUCACCUCCAGACCAGCAGCAGCCCAUCAGAUCCCAUCCAGAUACAUCAACCGUCUGACAGAAAUUCAGGGAUUCACUGAGCCUCAGAAGGAGGAAUAUUUCAGGAAGAGAAUCAGCGACGAGCAUCAAGCCAGCAGAAUCAUCUUACACAUCAGAAGAGCAAGAAGCCUCCAGAUCAUGUGCCACAUACCCGUCUUCUGCUGGAUCUCAUCCACUGUGCUUCAGAAGCUCCUGGAAGAAGAUCUGAAAGCAGAAAUCCCCCAAACUCUGACUGAGAUGUACAUCCACUUCCUGCUGAUUCAGAUCAACAUGAGGAAGCAGAAGUAUGAAGAGAGAGAUCCAGAGAAACUCCUGCAGUCCAGCAGAGGAGUGAUCCUCAAACUUGCUGAAGUGGCUUUCAGACAGCUGAUGAAGGGCAAUGUGAUGUUCUAUGAGGAGGACCUGAUUGAGAGCGGCAUAGACGUCACUGACGCCUCAGUGUAUUCUGGGAUCUGCACUGAGAUCUUCAAGGAGGAAUCUGUGAUUCAUCAGAGGAAAGUCUACAGCUUCAUCCAUCUCAGCUUUCAGGAGUUUCUGGCUGCUUUCUUUGUGUUUUACUGCCGUUUAACAAAAAAGAGAGAACCGCUGGAGUUGAUUUAUGAGAGAGAAUAUUCAUAUAAUCAAUAUCUACAGGCCAGCUCUGAGAAGUCUCUGUAUAAUCUGCUCAGAUCAGCAGUAGAUAAAGCUGUCUGGAGUAGUAAUGGUCAUCUGGAUCUGUUCCUGCGGUUUCUGCUGGGCGUCUCACUGGAGUCCAAUCAGAGACUCUUCCAGGAUCUGCUGACACACACAGAGGAGAGCUCAGAGAGCAUCAAGAGAAUCACACAGGACAUUAAAGACAAGAUCAAGACAGAUGAUGAUCUCUCAGCUGAAAGAUCCAUCAAUCUGUUCCUCUGUCUGCUGGAGGUGAAAGAUCAGACUCUGGCCAGAGAGAUUCAGGAGUUUGUGAAAUCAGACAAACAUUCAGAGGAGCAACUCUCUCCUGCUCACUGCUCAACAAUCUCCUACAUGAUUGAGAUGUCAGAGGAGCCGCUGGAUGAGUUUGACUCUAAUCAAUUCAACACAUCAGAUGAGGGAAGACGGAGACUGAUACCAGCUGUGAGAAACUGCAGAAGAGCUCUAUUACAGUGGUGUAAUCUCACUGUUCAGUCCUGUAAGAGUUUGUCUUCAGCUCUACAAUCCUCAAACUGUGUCCUGAGAGAGCUGGAGCUGAGUAACAAUGACCUGCAGGAUUCAGGAGUGAAGCUUCUCUCUGAUGGACUGAAGAGUCAACACUGUAAACUGGAGACACUGAGGGUACAGUGGUGUAAACUCACUGUUCAGUGCUGUGAGAGUUUGUCUUCAGCUCUACAAUCCUCAAACUGUGUCUUGAGAGAGCUGGAGCUGAGUAACAAUGACCUGCAGGAUUCAGGAGUGAAGCUUCUCUCUGAUGGAUUGAAGAGUCAACACUGUAAACUGGAGACACUGAGAUUGGCCAUGUGUAAUCUCACUGUUCAGUGCUGUGAGAGUUUCUCUUCAGCUCUACAAUCCUCAAACUGUGUCCUGAGAGAGCUGGACCUGAGUAACAAUGACCUGCAGGAUUCAGGAGUGAAGCUUCUCUCUGAUGGACUGAAGAGUCAACACUGUAAACUGGAGACACUGAGAUUGUCUGGCUGUAUGGUGACAGAGGAAGGCUGUGGUUUUCUGUCUUCAGCUCUGACUUCAAACCCCUCACACCUGAGAGAGCUGGAUCUGAGCUACAAUCAUCCAGGAGAUUCAGGAGUCAAGCUGCUCUCUGAACAACUGGAGGAUCCAAACUACACACUGGACAAACUCAAUCUGGAUCAUGGAGGAGACACGAGGAUUACAGCAGGACCGCACAAAUAUGUCUGUUUCCUCACACUGGAUCCAAACACAGCACACACUCGUCUCAUUCUGUCUGAGGAGAACAGAGAGGUGAAGAGUGUGAGAGAGGAUCAGCCGUAUCCUGAUCAUCCAGACAGAUUUGAUGGUGUGUAUCACGUGUUGUGCAGAGAGAGUGUGUGUGGACGCUGUUACUGGGAGACUGACUGCAGUGGAGAUGGUGUGGAAAUAUCAGUGUCAUAUAAGAGCAUCAGGAGGAAGGGACGAGGUGAUGAGUGUGUGUUUGGAUCUAAUGCUCAGUCCUGGAGUUUGCUCUGCUAUUCCUCCAGUUUCACAUUCAGACAAAAUAACACACACACUGAUCUCCCAGUAGAGCCGCUCAGCAGGAGAAUAGGAGUGUUUGUGGAUCACAGUGCAGGAACUCUGAUCUUCUACAACAUCUAUAGAGACACAAUGAGCCUCAUCCACUCAGUCCAGACCACAUUCACUGAGCCGCUCUGGCCUGGGUUUAGGUUUUAUUAUUCUGGAUCAUCAAUGAAACUGAGCUGAAGACUGACGAGAGAUUUACCCACAAUCCUCUGCAGGAGCAGUCAGCAGCUGUGUGUGUGUGUGUGUGUGUGUGUGUGGACCUCUGACAAUAUGAGACCUGCUUUCAGAAAAUGUGUGUAAACCAUUGGGAAGAACUGUAAGUGAGUGUGGCGAUUCAUUGAGAGAUUUGUUUCUUGAUUUAUUUUUAAAACAUGUUUUAUCAAGUAGUUCACUUCAGCAGAACUUGCACUUGAUGUUUUGUUACAUCCGUUCUUCUUCUUCCUCUUCUUCUUCCUCUUCUUCCUCUUCUUCUUCUUAGUUUUUUGGUGAAUUGCAUUCUUUGUGCAUAUCGCCACCUACUGUGCUAGUUGUGCAUCCAGAUUCUGUGAUUGCUCUGCCCCAAUCCCACCCUAUAUGGGGCAUCUGCAGACUUGGAUCCAGGCAGUUUUACGCCCCUGUUGUUCCUAAUGCGUCCAGUAGAGGGGAUGAAAGACACAUGGCCAAAUAAUAGAUUUGAAGUCAACACUCCAGAUUAUUAAAUGUCCUGUUUAUAAAUAUAUGUUUAAAUUAUAUUACGCUAAAUAUAAACGCUAAGUUGAUGUAUCAGGAAGUGAGUUAUACACUCACUAUAGAAUAUGCACAACUGAUACACUCACCAGAUCAUUCAGAUAAUCAAAAGCCCAAGUGCAGAUUCAUUUAGAUUCAUUUAAUUAGAGAAAUUCAAACACAAAUAGUUGGAUAGUGUACUGGUUAAUUGUAGCCUAGUUCUACUUUUACAUAUAGAGAUAUGCAUUUAGUUGUAUUGUUUAUAUCUAAAGUUACAUUCUGACAAUAACACAAUGAUAAGCAAACAAUAGAGUGUAAUAUGGAUUAUUGAUAUGCUUUGAUGAGAAUGCAGUGGUAUUGACUACCAGACAGCUGCAGAACAUUUACACUAACAAUUCACUACUUUCUAAAACUCCAGCACCAUUUAGCUACCUGACAAACACAAACCCAGACAACAUUAGAUUUCUCACAUGUAUUUAUUGACCACAGCAUCACUAGAGAUAACCAGUGUUCUUUAAAUGAAGCUGAAUCCUUGCAUCAAAUUCUUCACGCUUACUGAACAAUAAAUAAAUACAGUUAUGUAUUAAUACUCGGCAAAAAUCCUUUCCUCACUCAAGAUUUUCUGACUUGCUUCUAAUCUAAAUAUCCACAAAUUCUUAAUCCUCAGAAACAAGAAGAAAUGGAAAAUGAUAAGCAAAAACAAACCAUUUCAUGCCAUUUUAUAUAUUAUCUGGACCUGUGCAAAACAUCUCAAUAUAUUUAAAGAUUUGAUUUAGGCUUUAUAAUAUUAUGGGUUGAAACCGGAGCACCUGGAGGAAACCCACACGAGCGCAGGGAGAACAUGCAAACUCCACAGAGAAACACCAACUGACCCAGCCGAGGCUCGAACCAGCAACCUUCUUGCUGUGAGAUGACAGCACUACCUACUGCGCCACUGCUUCACCCCAAAUCUAAAACAAUAAGUGAUGAACAAUAUGAAUGCAUGUGCAAUGAAACCUUUCAUGCUAAUAUAUCAAAUGUACCGUAUAGCUAUAUGAACAUUAGCAGAGCAUUUAUAAUAGUGAGUUUCUCUAUGCAUUUACAGAUAUAUGAUAGAUUAACUGUUUAAACUAGAACAGGAUUGCAUUAUAUUACAUG